UUCGGAAAGAUUAAUUAAUUAUCAUAAAAUAAAAACAUUUCUGUUAGUGAAAAAAUGGUUAAUUCUUUGUGGUUAAAAAAAUUAAAAUCAUAAUUGAUAAUUACUGUUUCAAUUUUAUUCAAGAAAACUGCAUUUCACAUUUGCAAUGUUAUUGAUUAGAAGAAAUAAUGAUUACUACAAAGCCUUCCCGAAUUUACUGCAUAAAAUUACUGAGUGUAACUGUGAUGUCGGGUGCAAUAAAUAAAGCGUACUAAACAGUCACAUAUACUGCUUUUAAUAGAUAUAUUAAACAGGUCGUGCUUUCGAAUGAGUUUGUAAAGUUCUUAAAUAUUCUAAUGGAAACUCAAGAAGAGGUUCAGCUCAGCGAUGAACCUGAUGCAUACUUCGAACAUCAAAUUUUUUAUCAACCAAUACAACAAAAUAGUAUCGAUAAUAGUAAAUAUGAUGAUUACAAUUCUAAAAAAGCUGCGAAAAUAGAAAAUAAUAUUAAAACUAAAGAAGUCAUCUCUUCAAGUGAGAAGCAAUAUCCUCACCAUAUAGGAUUAAAACCAACAAAACUUUCUUGCAAAACAGUAGGACUUAAAAGAGUAUCAUUUGGUUCAUCUAAAGGUUCUAUGGUAGAAACUUUAGUUUUUGAAACACCAACACCGUUAUCUGAACAUAGCGAGAUGCAGUUUGGUUUUGGUGAUAGUUUUAAAUGUAAGACGUCCUUUUCUUGUGGCGUUAAUCCCGAAAUAAAAAUGACCAACAGUGGAAUAGACACUCCAGAAGAAUAUCAUCCGCAUCGCUAAGAUAGAAAAGGUGCAAUUGGCAUGGCUUCUGAGGUUAAAAGGUGUACAAGUAAUUAUAUUCCUUGAAAUUUUAAUGACAGCAUGGAGCAUAAAAGCACACGGUACUAAUGAACUUAAACAAAAGCAUACCAGGAGCACAAUACAUCCAUUAUUCCUUCAACAUCCUUCAGCACGUCCUUCAACAUCAACUCCAAAUGUUUUACCCUUGCUCCGAAUGUUAUCUGCGCCUGCACCACAUCAGAAACUCCGCCAUGUAAAUUAAGCUGUCUAGUUGUAUUUAAUGAUGACAGAAGUUUCCUCCAGACAUUACUUAGAAAUACUGAUGUCGAUCUAAGUGGAUGUAAUUGCCAACUUGUGGUUAAAACUAACGCAAAUGUGUAAAGGACGAAGUUCAAUAAUUGCUUACUGGUGUCUUAUGUGUUCUUUUAUUUAUCCGUUCAAAGUUAAAUGAAUACAAGUGGUUACAGUGAUUUUGUUACAUAAAAAGGUCACCAACUUUCAAACUAUUUGUAAAUUUUGUUUGGAUUAUACUGACUUUUUUUUAAAAAAUGUCAUAAAAAAUGAAAAUACAUAUAUACAAAUGUGAUAGUUUUUAUUAUAUGUCAUUAACACGUACUGCCACACCGUAUUGCUUUAUCAAACUAUCGCAGCAAAAAUUAACAAAAAAUUGAACAAGCGCAGCGGUCGUGUGUUUUGUGUGAUGUGCAUAAUAUUUAAAUAUUAAACCAUAUUGUGUUCACAAAAAACUAUAUACUAACUCAAAUAAAAUAUUUAAAAUUGCUAUAAAUUUUUUUCA